GAGAAUAGGGAAAGACCGCUCUACGUGCUUUUAUUACAUCAGAAGAACCACAGUCCAUUCAUUACAGACGAAAGACACCUCCCUUCGAUUCCAAUUCAAUUCAACUCACCUACUCCUAUUACCACCACUAUUGCUGCUGAAACAUUUGCAACAUACAGAGAGAGAGAGAGAGAUGGAGGAGAGCGGUGGAACACCUGCGCACGCUUCAUUGAACCCUUGUGUUCUGGUCCAGGAAGUCGUGAAGGCCGUGCUCAGGUGCUUAGGCCUGGAGACAGCACAAGAUCCUUCUCCUCCUCCGGCCGCGCAAGCUUCGGAUCCUCCUCCGUCAUCCGCCGCGGCCAAACUGGAUCCAACAGACCCCGUGGAAGCCGAUGAUCCCCCCACUACCGGAGAAACGGAAGAUAACCAGGCCACAUUUCUAGCAUCUGCACUUACCAAGCCACCGAUAAACACGGGAACAGGUCCCCAAACUAAUUGAACUCCAUCCGCGGCGGGUGAAGAAGCUCCAUUUAGUUUUUUUCCAAGUCGUCUGUUCUUCAUUUGCUUUAAUUUAUUCUAACUGCCCAUUCUUAAUUAAUUUGUUGCUUUGCCUGUGUGGUGUGUGUGUGUGUGUGUGUGUGUGUGUGUGACCAAAUAGAUAUCAACCCUGUCGACAUGCUUGAUGUGUAGAACAUCACUUUGUUGCAACUUGAAUGUAUUGAUACAUCAUUACUGAUCGUCUUCAGUUUCUUAACGUGAAUUUGAUGUUGUCACCUCUUUCUUUA